UUAAUUGGUUCUAUAUUAUGUAUGUUAACUUUUUAUAUAACGAUACAUUUAAUAUAUAAACAUUUAAAAUACUAUGUAUCACCCAAUCAUCAAAGAUAUAUAAUUAGAAUCCUUUUGAUGAUACCCCUAUACUCUAUUUUAACGCUAUUGUCAAUUUAUAAAGUUGAAUUAGAAAUCUAUUUGGCAUUCAUAAGAGAUUGUUACGAAUCUUAUGUAAUAUACUGUUUUUUUGCACUAUUAAUAAAUUACGUAGGUGAUAAAAAUAUAGUUAUUCAUUUAGAAACCCAUGAACCCAUUUAUUUACUACCAAAAAAAAUAUUUAGAAAUAUUUUUGAAUAUAAACCCAACGAAAUUGGUAUUUUACAAUAUGUAAUUGUAAAACCUUUAUUAACUGUAAUAAAUAUAUUUUUAACAAUAUAUAAUUAUGAAGGUGAUGGUUUUUUGCAGUUUAAAAGAUUUUAUCCAUACCAAGCCGCACUUGGUACCCUUUCGGUAUCUCUUUCCCUGUACUUUCUUUCUAUGUUUCUAAAAAUUAUGCAUGAUGAGAUUAAACCCUAUCACCCAGUUUUAAAAUUCCUUUCGGUUAAAGUUGUAGUCGCUUUAUGUUUUUGGCAAAUAUAUGGAAUUAAAAUAUUUAAUUAUUUUUUUCCUAUUGCUUUAAUUGGGAAUAUAGAGCAUCAUAAAGAUAAUAUUAUCUUUAUUAAUAAUUGUUUUAUAUUAGUGGAAAUGUUUUUAUGCUCCAUAUUACACAACUAUGCAUACCCAUAUGAACUAUAUAGAGUAGAGGAUUUCUUUUUAAUAAGAAAUAUGAAUAGUGAUAAUAAAAAUUUAAAAAAUACUAACAAAAAUAUUUUAAAAGCAUCAAUAUUUAAAAACUUUAUAGAUUCUUUAAACCAGAAAGAUAUGAUUGCAGAAACCAUCAAAUCAAUCAAAGGAACAGAAAUUUAUAAUAAAGAA